UCCCGGCAGGCAGUGCGGUCCGAGGGGGCGGAACUCCAUUUCCCAGCAGGCUCCAGGCGGCGGGCGCCGCUGUGCCUUGUGUGGGAUGCCGAGGCCCGCCGCCAUGGGGCUGAAGGCCGCCCAGAAGACGCUGUUCCCGCUGCGCUCCAUCGACGACGUGGUGCGCCUGUUCGCUGCCGAGCUGGGCCGAGAGGAGCCGGACCUGGUGCUCCUAUCCUUGGUACUGGGCUUCGUGGAGCACUUCCUAGCUGUCAACCGCGUCAUCCCCACCAACGUGCCCGAGCUCACUUUUCAGCCCAGCCCUGCGCCCGACCCUCCUGGCGGCCUCACCUACUUCCCCGUGGCCGACCUGUCCAUCAUCGCCGCGCUCUAUGCCCGCUUCACCGCCCAGAUCCGCGGCGCCGUCGACCUGUCUCUCUACCCGCGAGAGGGGGGCGUCUCCAGCCGCGAGCUGGUAAAGAAGGUCUCCGAUGUCAUCUGGAACAGCCUCAGCCGCUCCUACUUCAAGGAUCGGGCCCACAUCCAGUCCCUCUUCAGCUUCAUCACAGGCACCAAACUGGACAGCUCUGGUGUGGCCUUUGCCGUGGUGGGGGCCUGCCAGGCUCUGGGUCUCCGGGAUGUCCACCUGGCCUUGUCUGAGGACCAUGCCUGGGUAGUGUUUGGGCCCAAUGGAGAACAAACAGCUGAGGUCACCUGGCAUGGCAAGGGCAACGAGGACCGCAGAGGCCAGACAGUCAACGCGGGUGUGGCUGAGCGGAGCUGGCUGUACCUGAAAGGAUCAUACAUGCGCUGUGACCGCAAGAUGGAGGUGGCAUUUAUGGUGUGCGCCAUCAACCCUUCCAUUGACCUGCACACUGACUCCCUGGAGCUGCUGCAGCUGCAGCAGAAGCUGCUCUGGCUGCUCUAUGACCUGGGACAUCUGGAAAGGUACCCUAUGGCGCUGGGGAACCUGGCAGAUCUGGAGGAGCUGGAGCCUACCCCUGGCCGGCCGGACCCACUCACCCUCUACCACAAGGGCAUUGCCUCAGCCAAGACCUACUACCGGGAUGAGCACAUCUACCCCUACAUGUACCUGGCUGGCUACCAUUGUCGCAACCGCAAUGUGCGUGAAGCCCUGCAGGCCUGGGCCGACACGGCUACUGUCAUCCAGGACUACAACUACUGCCGUGAAGACGAGGAGAUCUACAAGGAGUUCUUUGAAGUAGCCAAUGAUGUCAUCCCCAACCUGCUGAAGGAGGCUGCCAGCCUGUUGGAGGCCGGCGAGGAGCGGCCAGGGGAGCAGACCCAGGGCACCCAGAGCCAGGGUUCUGCCCUCCAGGACCCAGAGUGCUUCGCCCAUCUGCUGCGAUUCUAUGAUGGCAUCUGCAAAUGGGAAGAGGGCAGUCCCACGCCCGUGCUGCACGUGGGCUGGGCCACCUUCCUUGUGCAGUCCCUAGGCCGUUUUGAGGGACAGGUGCGGCAGAAGGUACGCAUAGUGAGCCGAGAGGCAGAGGCGGCCGAGGCAGAAGAGCCGUGGGGCGAGGAAGCCCGAGAAGGCCGGCGGCGGGGCCCGCGGCGGGAAUCCAAGCCUGAGGAGCCUCCGCCGCCUAAGAAGCCGGCGCUGGACAAGGGCCCAGGCGCGGGCCAGGGUGCGGUGCCAGGACCCCCCCGGAAGCCCCCAGGCACCGUCCCGAGCACUGCCCGCGGCCCUGAAGGCGGCAGCGCGGCUCCGACGCUGGCGCCCGCCGCCUCGCCGCCACCGGAGGGUCCGGUGCUCACUUUUCAGAGCGAGAAGAUGAAGGGCAUGAAGGAGCUGCUUGUGGCCACCAAGAUCAAUUCGAGCGCCAUCAAGCUGCAGCUCACGGCGCAGUCACAAGUGCAGAUGAAGAAGCAGAAGGUGUCUACACCUAGUGACUACACUCUUUCAUUCCUCAAGCGGCAGCGCAAGGGCCUCUGAAGUACCCGGGUCUCAGUAUCGGCCCACUCGGAGCCCGCCCUCAAUCAGGAUGAGGCUCCACCCCAGCCCCCCUAGCGAGCCCAGGCUCCGCCCCUGGCCUAGGGGCCUAGGCCCCGCCUCCAGGCCCCACCCCUACCCGGAACUCAGGCUGCAGGUUCCCAGAGUAGACUACCCAGCGCCCGAAUCGAGGGCUCUGCCCAGUCACUGGAAUAUAGAGCCCAUCCCCCAGGAUCGCAGCCGGCCAAUUGAAACCUUACCCUGAGUCCUUCACCCAUCUUUAAAGGUCCAACUACGGGAAGCUCAGGCUCCAUCUCAGAACCGAGGCUCCAACCUUCGGCCUAACCAGUGUUGGCUCAGGGUUGCUUCCAGCCCAUAGGGCUGUUUCACCCUAAACUCUAGGAGCGCAGGUCCCACCCACAGCCCGGGAACCAAGGACCCCGCUCAGCCCCUAGGAGUACGUUUCCGCACUUCAAUAAUUCCAUUCCUUGGGAAUCCAAGCCCCCUACCGCAAAGAACCUAAGUAACGCUUCCAGAACUUGGAAAUCCUAGCUUCCUCCCUUCCCUGUCGCGAGUCCGGGACACGAAACUCCGCUCCCGGCGUGUGCGAAUCCUGAGCCCCACCCGCUUCCUGACCAAACUGGCCCCAGAUCAGAGCAGACCUCUCUUCCGAACCUCUGGGAACCUCCCCGGGGUCCAUCCCGUCUCGGGGGACUCUGGAGGAAAUCUGCAGGGGUUUGCGAGUGGGUGAGGGGAGCCUGAUCGCUUCCUGUUUUGUACAUAGAUUUAUUUUUCAGUUCCAAGGAAGAUGAAUACAUUUCGUAAAAAAAAAAAAAAAAAGUACUUGUCCGUGUUUCAUCUGGGAAUUUGGGAGUGGAGCUCCCCCUCUUUCCUCUGCCUUCCGGCCCUCCGGGCUUCGGGCUCCCCACCUGUAGAGCGCGAGGAACCGGUGGCUGGCAGAAGAGCCUCGGCACCAUCGGCUCGUCCCGGGCUCGGGACUUUCCCUAGCCGCCGAGGGCCGGUCCCGCGGGCGCCUCCUCCCGGCCGG